AUAUUUCAUCUAUGACGGGACGCGUGGUUAACUGUUGGCAGAACUGUAGUUGUUUCAAAAUACACAACGUGAGAGAGAAACAAGCUGAAGUUUAAAGUUUCUGUUAAAUAUUCAUGGAAAUGAUUUUUGUACAUAGUCCACUGAGUAUUUUGAAUGUCAGAUUAACUGCUUUCUACCAACUGCAUUCGGAAUCCAGCUGAUAUCAUUUCCGUGCUGUGACGGAUACAAUUAUCUUGUGCGUUAAAUGGAUGCUUUCUGUUUAUAUCCUGCCAAACUAGUCUCCUUCAAAGAAUUUAACAGCUUCUUGUUUUAAAACUGUGAAUAAUUAUUACUCUCAGUGACAUUACCAGAUUUAUUUUAAUACUAAUAUAAACAAGUGUUGCUGGUUAGUAACACAUGCCAAAAAUGGUUGUACAGAGAGGAUUAGCUUCUUGGCCAUCAGAGCUAACAGAAGUCCAACGAGAAAUGAUACACUCUAAUCAUGAGUUACAUUACGAUUCAACGACUGCACUUAGCACCUCAGUUCAGUUAGAACAGACCACAUUACCAGCUCACAACUGUGUGUUACCAGAAAUUCCUGCCCAAGAGAUCCCAAAUGACGAAAAUUUCGUGGAAUGGAGAAACACCUUCAAUAUGCGCCAGGUGAUACUUUCAAACUUGUCAAAUAGCCAGAUGGGGUCACGUUUAACGUUUCGACCACAUACACAUCUACCAAUGAAUAGAAUACGCGGGCGAUGCAUCACAAGUGCUGCCAAAUCACUGGAUAUACUCCGACUGAACAUUCAGGCAGCUGUCAACAAAGAGCUUGAUCUUGUAAUAAAGAAGUACCUGGAGAAGUUCUUCCAGCCUGCUGUGGACAAUAUUCGUAACAACCUGGGUGCAGGCUCUGUAACAGAAGAUCACAUCCGUGAAGUAUGCCGUCAGAUUUUGGAAGAUGCGAAGCAAAUGUAUUGUAGUGGUCCACAAUCUAGGGGUAGUUCGCCAUCAAAUGAACUUAGUGAUUCAGAAACUGGCAGCAUCAGCGAUCAUAGGUUUGGUAGGCCUGCAACAAGGAGUCCACUGUUGAGAAGAAGAAAGGAAUCUGAUACAGAUUCAGAGACAAGUCAGUCUGCUCGUAGAAAGAGGAGUAAGACAAGGCUUCCAAGUGGGCUCUGUGAUCGGACUAUACCUAUAAAAAUACCAAAAAGUGAUUCUAGUCGUUCCGAGGGCUCAAAACUAGACCCAUCUCGAAUACUUAAAGAAACACUGUUUGUGAUGGGUGCUAGAGCAAAUAAAGUACUAGGGUUUGGACAAACAAGAGGCCGGCUUUAUAUGAAGCAUCCUGGGCUGUUGAGAUACACAGGAGACCAAGAAGACAAAGAGUGGCUGCUCAGGCACAACCUUAUGUCUCCUACAGGAGGGAAGGCCUACAUAAUGAUCCUGGAUGACAUACGAGAACUUGCAGAAACUGAAGAGUAUAGAAACAGCCCAAAUUUAUUGCUGCACGAACUGAAAGGCUUUGAGGCACCUGAAUUCAUGCUGAGAAAGAUACGUGCAUUUCUCAACCAUAUGCAGACAGACACAUUAGAUUCAAAGAAAUUAAUGCCUGUAGAUUUCUGUGAUAAUUCACAGACAAACUUUGCUAUGAUACAUGGGCGAUUUUCUCUUGGGAAUGACUGUGUGUCAUCUGCUAUGACACCGCCAGCUACUGUACUGGAUUCUGGGCCUCCUACUCCAUCAGAUGCGCUGGAUCUCCUGGACUGCCCAACACUUGCAUCCCAAGGCUCGGACAGCUCUCCUGGCCCCGUCCGCACUUUGGAUUCGAGCCCAUCACUGCCCCUUCAGCAGCAGAUUGCUGGCUACAGCAGCACUCUCUCUGCCUUGCUCGCAGGGCACGUUGGUGGCGACAGUUCACAAGGAGGGUUAGAAUAGGCUGGUAACAAAGGAUUCAUAAGUUUUCUGGUUGAAAACUCUGCUAAGGAAUGAGUAGCAUGAAGUAUAAUCAUACAUCCUGUGUAAAGGGACUGAAAAGAAAUGCUUAACUUCUCCCAGACAAAAAGGCAUUAUAGUAGAUGCCUUAGUCCGGUAGGGGCUUAAUAUCGAGAAGGCUGUGAGAAGUAAAUAAAAAUAGAAUCACAAAUUCAUAAGAAAGUGCUAAAGACUUUAAAAGAAAAAUGAGGUUUGAUUGAGUGAAGCAUUUAUAAUUUUGUAAAAUUGUGGGAAUUGUCAUGUAAAGUAUGUAGACUACAGGAGAAAAUCAAUGUUUUUAAACGUUAUGUCUGAACUGUUGAAAUCAGAGUGGUUCCCAUUACAAAAAACAAUUUUUGACAUGUGAAGUGCCAUGGAUGUAAAAAAAAAUCUUUUUGCAAGAAAAAAAUGAAUAGCUUUCACUUGGGAACUCCAUUGUCAUGAUACAUAAAAGCACAUGUACUAUUUUCUUAGAAGAAGAAAACAUCAUACAGCAUGAUAUUUCCAUUGAAACUAUCAAACUGUCUCUGUAAUAAGUGAUCAGCCUCAAAAAGUUUUCUACUGCGUUAGGUAUAAUACACAAAAAAGUUGCAAAAUGGUAUGGAUUUGUAAAAACCAUUUCCUUACAAAUGUAAUUUGUAACCUCUCCCUCCAUUUCUCUCUCUAUGGAGACCCCUCUACAUGUUUCUCACAAAUACUUUUUUGUCAUAUUAGUUAUGAUGGAUUUUGGGAAAGGAGGGGGAAGGAGACCAUCUUUUAUGUCAGAUAUGAGAGCUAUCUGGAAAUUAACCUCUGGUAGACUGUUAAAAAAGUACUAGAAUAAUUAAAGGAACUUUAUUAGAAAAAUACUAAAACUAUAACCUUUUAUUACUUCAUUACACACCACCAUUCAUAUUUAAGAAUGUUUCAGAUCUCUUAAUGAGUUGACAAAUUUGCUGUUCAUAAAGCUUGGCCACGUGAGUUUCCAGCCAUACCUUGCUUGUACUUUGAAAGCUGUUCGUUCUUGUCAUGGCAUUGAGAGUCAAGCCACUUUUUCAUCUGCAUGAAGAUGUGGAAAUCACUUGAAGCAAAGUCUGAGCUGUAGGACAGAUCUGAAAAAUUCCCCAUUUGUUACUGUAUUUACCAGUGUGGCCAAGAAUUGCCCAGCAAAGCUCUGGUAGUCUAGGGACCGCACCAUCUGACCAUCUGAGACUCCUCUGUUUCUUUAAUGUAUCACAGCAUGUUUCAGAUUUGAUUGUUUUUCCACAUUCUACAAAAUCUGAAAAGAAGAUGCCUUUCACAUUCCAGAAAAUAAUCGUAGCCCUAAUCUUCCAGACUAUUUUGGUUUGUUGAGUGAGACAGUAUGAUGUCACUGCUUUGAUUGUUGUUUUGUUUUUGUUAACAUAGGAAACCCGUGUCUUGUCAGCAGUCACAGUUCUGUGCAGUAGGCCUUCUCCUUCAACAUUAUAUCAAAUGAAGUCCACAGAAGUAAUCAAUCAUUAAGUUAUGUUGUUCUUGGACAACUUUUAGAAUCCAAACAGCACAGGCCUUGAGAUACUCUAAAUAUUUAGUCACGAUUUCAUGCAACAAAUGAAAUGCCAGUUUUCCCAGAUUUUUACACCAAUUUUCUAUCCAAGUUCAUUGCUGACUGCAGAUAGAUGACCACUGGCCACAGCACCAUAAUUUAUUGCAAUCAGUCUCUGUACAGCCCAAUUUGUGAAUUGAAUGUCAACAUGUGUGAGAUUUUCAAUUACAGUUCUCAUUUUGAAUGUCUACUAGAGUUGAACAAAAAGCAAUGUGGCAUUUGCUCUAAGAUACAUGUCCUUGUAGUGUCUAUUCAGUUUGUAUCACUACUUCCCGCCAGGCUACUUAAAAACUGGAGGUUACUUUCUGGAUAGUGCUUGUAAAUUCAUUGAAAGGUUGCUGGAGAGAGAGGGAGGUGGGUGGGGGGUGGGGGAGACUGUGGGUUGCAUUGACUGUAAAAACGACAUGAAGAAAUCAUUUUCUUAGAUACGAACUAUGUGCAUGGAGUAAUAUUUCCAUGAGUUUUUUUUAAGUAAAUACUAGUUGGUGUCGGUGACCUGAUAAACAGAGAUAUUUAUGAUUAGGCAAAAGGAGAUUAGGAUCUGUGAAUCAUGUGACAUGUGGAAGUGUGAAAUAAAGUCUUGAACAUUAAGUUGUUACCUGUCCCUCACAGAACUUAUUCAUAGAUAGUAAAAUGCAGGAGGAAGACAGAAGAAAAUAAUGCUGUGACCAUUUUGGCAAUAUUGCUACUUUAGUGUAUAUAAAACUGUUGUGUUUUGAUCCUGUUAAGUGUAUUUGAUGGUUUACUCUGUUACAUCCUAUUGUGUAUGUCCCAUGUUCUACUGUGUCACAAGUGUCUGCUAGAUAGUAAUUGUUAAAAUGAUUGUUUGUGAUCAGAUUAAGUCUCUGUCUGUGACAGUCAUGAAACAAAGUUUUUUCACUGUGGUACCUAUUGAAAUGAUUACGGAUAAUAAUAUAUUGCAGAGGUUCUACUAUUACACUAGCUAUGCAGGAACAGUUUUACAAUACACACACACACACACACACACACACACACACACACA